CUUACAUUGCUGCUAAAGUCCUGGCAACAUAUAGGCAGGGGAAAUGUCUCUUUCAAAAUUGUGGUUCAAAAAAAUGAUCAAUGAAGACAUCCAGAUUAGGAAUUCUCUGUGUCGACAAGAAGAAAACAUCAGAACAUAUGACAAUUCCAUUCCAAUGACUGAAUCAAGCAGAAAAUCAUGGAAUCAAGAAAACUUCACUUUAACAUUUCCCAAACCACCCCAGCCAGGUAGAAGGGAGAGAUCAAGACCUUUUAAAUUACAAAUCACAGUUCCUAUGCAUGACAAAAGAAUAUCAGAGGAAGGUCAAAAGUCAGCUCAUAUAUGGAUAAGGCACUCUUCAAGAAAAAAUUUCCAGAGGCCACCUAUUUACUUAGCUGUCAAGAGACAGGCUCCAUUCAGACAUCCUUAUACUCCCCAUACCUAUCCUGAAAAAGCAUAUUCUAAAAAGUCCAAAGAUGACAAAAAAGAAAUAGCCUUGAAGAAAGAUUCCAAGAAAAAGACAGGACCAUGUACAACAAAUCUAGAAUCCAAGAAAACAGUAAAAGACAAGAAACCUAAAAGAAGAAAUACUGCAGAUAAUAAGUCAAAAUUUAAAUCAGAAAAACAUCCAGAAUCCCAAGAUUCUAAGGUAGUCUUAAAAAAUGACGCAAAAAAAUAUUUGAAUAAUUCCAAAGAGACAGAUACUGUGUCCACAUAUACAAUGAAUGAUUCAAAGAAAGAUUCUAAGAAGAGUUUAAAGAAUAACUCUGAUGCCAAAUCAGAUACUUGUUCAAAAAAUAGUUUAAAUAUGGAUUUAAUGAUGUACUUAAAGGAGUCUAGUGCUGAAUCCAUAGAUUUUGAAACAUGGCUAGAGAAUUAUUCACAAAAUAAUUCAAAGAAAGAUGCAAAAAAGGAUGCAAAGAAGGAUGCAAAGAAGAGCUCUGAUGCUGAAUCUGGAGACUCAAAAGAUGCAAAGAAAGAUGCAAAGAAGGAUAAGAAACCUACAAAAAAAGAUGACAAGAAGAAGGAUGCAAAAAAGGACACAGAGUCUACUAGUGCUGAAUCUGGAGACUCAAAGGAUGCAAAGAAAGAUACAAAGAAGGAUAAGAAGCCUUCAAAAAAAGACAAAAAAAAGGAUUCAAAGGAUACAGAGUCUACUGGUGCUGAAUCUGACGACUCAAAGGAUGCAAAGAAAGAUACAAAGAAGGAUAAAAAAACUUCAAAAAAAGAUGACAAGAAAAAGGAUGCAAAGAAGGAUACAGAGUCUACCAGUGCUGAAUCUGAAUUGGAGUCAAAGAAUGCUAAGAAAGAUGAUAAAAAAGAUAAGAAAGGUGAUAAAAAGAAGUCUAUCAAGAAGGUUGAAGGGUCUACUGAUGCUGAUUCUGAAUCUGAGGGGGAUUCAAAAAAGGAUAAGAAAGAUGAAAAGAAGGAAAAGAGAGAUUCAAAGAAAGAUAACAAAAAGAAGGAUGCAAAGAAGGAUGUAGAGUCUACUGAAACAGAAUCUGAUUUGGAAUUAAAGAAGGAAAAGAAAGGUUCAAAGAAAUAUGCCAAGGAUCCAAAGGACAGAGAAUCAACUGGUGCUGAAUCCGAUGUGUCUUCCCAAACAGGCCCAAAGAUACCUGCAAAGGCCAACGUUUCUGAUGCUGAAUCCGAAGUGUCACUGCAGAAACCUGAAGCUCAAAAGAGAAUUGGUGAAUCAGAUGCCACAUCUGCAGAUUCAAGGAAGGAAAUACCAGAACUAAAGAGAGGAGUAAAACUCUCACACAAAAAGACUACAUUCAAAGACAAAGGGGAAAAAACAACUAUAGGUAGAGUUCCUCCAUCAAGAGAAAGACCACCACUCCCUCCUUGUGAGCCAUUUCUACCAUCAAAUAAGGUCAAACGUCUCUGUCAAUGCAAGAUGCCUCCUCCACCUCCAAAACCAAGAUAUGCUCCUUUGCCUGAAGCACAGUGGAUUCAUAAGCUUCUUUAGAGAACAACUGAGCACUUGGUUUCACAGAAUGACCUUACAGGAGUAACCACACUACUCUCACGUGAGCAUUUCUACUUCUGUGGAACUGUAAUAAAUAAAAACAAGUCUUCCAUGAG